AUGGAUUCUUUUCUCAAGAUAGUGGGCAACCUCCUCCCAUAUCACCUUCUCUCCUAUGGCGCUCUCCUCGGAACAGAGCUGUAUCAGAGCUUUGUCAAUACGAAGAUAUGCUACCAGGCCUUGCCAAUGAAGGAGUUCAUCAUUCUACAAAAACGCCUCUUCCCCAUCUACUUCGGAACGCAGGUUGGACUCACAGCGCUAACCGCAGCAACGCACCCACCAUACAGCAUAUUUUCACUAACUCAAGACCCAUGGAGUUUGGCGCCUCUUGCUGUAGCUGGCUUGACCGGAUGUCUGAAUUGGUUCAUCUAUGGGCCUCGGACGACAACUGCAACGCUAGUCAGGAGGGCUCUACAAGAAAAUGAGACCACGGAUACGGAAUCCGAUGGGUCAAAGGUGCAUCGGGCUAACCGCAACUUUGCGCGAAAUCAUGCAAUGGCUAUCCAUUUGAAUGCUAUUGCCAUGUUGGCCACAGUGUUUUAUGGAUUCUCACUGUCUGCUACGCUUUUAGCAGGGGUCUAG